GCGCGUGUUGGGCUCUGCUUGCCGCGGUGAGGGCUAGUGGCGGCUGCUGGCCGGGUGCGUUGGAUGCUGAGAUGUACAAUUUUUUCUCUUCAAAUCUGAUCUAAAAUUAGAAGUUGUGAUGGGUUUGUCUGCUUCAUCUCCAUCGGUUGCUGUUCAGUCAACAAAUGUAUCUGUACACCCUCAGACUGCAUCUUCACCUUCAGAAUGUCCCAUGCAUCAGGAAAAAAUGAAAGGUUGUCCAAUGAACACGAGAUCUCCUGACCAAGGUGCUGAGAACCAGAAUAAUGUUCCUGCACACCAAGAACGAGCAUAUGAAUAUCUGGAGUGUCCUAUGAAAUCUAGUACAUCUCAAAUGAAAGAUUACAUAGAUCCUAGAAAUAUGAUGCCACCACCUAAUCAAGUGCCAUCCCCGAAUCAACCAUUUCCACUAUCAACUAUCAGAGAAGAGUCUUCUAUUCCUAGAGCGCAUUCAGAACAAAAAUGGGUUUAUCCGUCAGAGCAAAUGUUUUGGAAUGCUAUGCUAAGGAAAGGAUGGAGGUGGAAAGAUGAUGACAUAAACCCCAAAGAUAUGAAUAAUAUUAUCAAGAUUCACAAUCAGAACAAUGAGCAGGCUUGGAAAGAGAUUUUAAAGUGGGAAGCUCUUCAUGCUGCGGAAUGUCCAUGUGGACCAUCGUUGAUCCGGUUUGGAGGUAAAGCUAAGGAAUAUUCACCCAGAGCCAGAAUACGCUCAUGGAUGGGAUAUGAACUUCCUUUUGACAGACAUGAUUGGAUUAUUGAUCGUUGUGGGAAGGAAGUCAGAUAUGUUAUUGAUUAUUAUGAUGGUGGUGAAGUAGAUAAAAAUUAUCAGUUCACCAUCUUGGAUGUCCGUCCUGCAUUUGAUUCUCUCUCUGCUGUGUGGGACAGAAUGAAAGUAGCUUGGUGGCGUUGGACUUCAUAACUACACUGAAACAGUAUUUUCUCAAAUUGAAGAUGAGCUGCCAUUUGAACUUUAAAUAAAGAUCCUAGUAACUGUGCUUAUCUUCAUUAACCAACAUUGUUCUUAUCUCUGGGGGAAACACUAUGCAGUUUGUAUGAACAGAUACUUCAUACCAUCUAUAAUUUAAAAGUAAAGUACAUGCUUUUCUCUUUCUAGGUUUAUUUCAGUGUUCAAGUUCCCUCAUAGCUGGAAAAUCUUGUGUGUACUUCAGUCAAUUAAAUCUAAACUACAUAAGAUUAGUGACUCUCACAAAGUGCCAGGCACAAUGGAGCCUGACCCUGAUUGAGCCUUUAGGCACUACUACAAUAUAGAUAACAAAAAAAGUGGGAGUUUUGUAAAUGGUUUUUACUUGGUCAUUAAAAGUGGUACAUGGAUAUCAUGAUCGUGGGUGUGGUGUAAAAGUCUUUGGUAGAUAAUUUAUUGUUGCAAACUAAUUUAUAUAUAGUGCAUAUCUAAAUCUGAGAUUAUUUCAGUUGGACUAACCUGUUUAAAUAAAAAAUAUGGCAUGUGAAUAUUUUUAAAAGUAUGUUAAACUGAAACUAAUGUAGGAAGAGUUGUCAUUAUUUUCAACAGACUUUUUCUAAAAGGAAAGCAAUUAAUAAUUUGAAACAGUGUGAUGGUUACUUUUUCUUUUAAAAUGCCGCUUCUGUAUUGUAUUCCAAAAAGCAGGAAAUAAAAUGGACACUUCAGUGUAGUUCAGUUUCAUUUUUGAAGUUAUGAAAAAUCCAUAGUAUUUGAGUUAAUUGAAUAUAUAUUUAAAAGCCCAUUGUCUUCAGUGGGUGUUACAUGGACAAAGUGAAAAACAGAAUUAAGUCUUUUAUGAAAUUUUAAUUUUUGUGGUGAGUAACUGCCUCUCAAAGAAAAGAUGAUGAUAAUUGGACAGUGUUCAGUUUUCACACACUUUGUGGAGUAUAUUGUUAAAUUAAAAUUUCUAGGCAGUGUUUUGCAGAUUUGGUAGACAGUAAAUUACUGUAUGCUGAAAUGUGUUGUCAUGUAAAAGGUAUAAAUGUAGAGUAUAAGAUGUUAAGCUAUUGAUUUGACUUGCUGUUCUUGCUAUCAUAACGUAGAUUUUUAAAAUUACUUAUUAGAUAUGGUGUAGCAACUUGAACAAUCUUACAUGUGUAUAAUAAGGGAAAUUACUUUGUAAUAGUUUUCUAACUUGAUAUUCCCUGUACAUCAUACUUGAGAGUUCUGUGGCACCAGGAGCUCAGUAUGAAGCUUAAAUUAAUCCUCCCUUCCCUCCUAUGUCCAUUCUUGAGACUGAUCCAUCCAUGCAUGUUACUUUGGAUUGGUAGGAGUAAAUGAAUACUGUAUUCUACUCCCUCUAGUGGGAAAUUUCUCCAAUAUGUACCUAAUCCUAACUUUUGGAUGAAGGGCUGUGUGUAAUUGGAUUUAUAUAGGGAACUACCUUCAGAGCUGCUUUGCAAUAAACUGACUUUCACUUCAUGAGGAAGUAAUCUCAUAUAGCUCCUACUUUGAAGGUUGUAGUGGAGGCUGCCUUUGUUGUCCAGAGGAAAAGUUCCCCUUUCAGAGGUUUCCAGAAAGUAUUGCAUAGCCUAAAGUCUAACAUUACUGAGGUGCUUUUUCUCUCUGUCCUUGUUCAAAAUAAUCCUGUUCUAUAGCCACCUGAAUUGAAGCCAGUUUUGAACAAUAAAUCCACCUGAGAUUGAUUUACUAUUGUGUAAGAAGAGGCAGAGCUACUAGAAAGAUAAGUGGACAGCUGAUGAAACCCUGCAUUUGCUAGUGGAAGAGUUACUAACAUAAGGAGUUGAGAUUAUCAUGUGGAUACUCCCUGUAUGAUGUGUCCUCACACCUUACAAAUCAGUUUUGAUAAUUUGUGAUACAUACAGUCUUGAUGCUUAUGUCUCAUGCAAAAGAGAAAAGGCAGCAAUAUUUAAAUCCGUCUUCCAAAAACCCUCACCUACCUCAUUGAUUGCAGAAACAAAAUGGCGUCAUGAUCAUCGAAGUAUUCAUUCAAUGAAGAACCGGAAGAUGUCAUACACCACUACUUGAGUUGUCUUCUAGUAUGCUCCACUGACUGUGUAUGAAUUCAAGUUUAUUAUUUGUAAUGCCUGAAUAUUAUUACUUAAAUGUGAUAUCUUGUCACAUUUGAUUCUCUGUUCAAUAAAGUGAACUUUUUUUACUUUGUAA